AUGCCAUUCUCAGUACAGGGAAGACACGAACUUUCCCGGUCGGUUCUCUCUCCGUACAGCCCGCAGUAGAGAUGGGAGGGGGCGGAGAUGAUCGGAGGGGGCGGAGUCCCGGGAUGAUGAGUACUGCUCAGCACGUUCAGCUCCUCUGGAAACAAAACCAAAAGUAACCUUUGUGUCCGGAAGAGGAACGGCCCCACCCCCUGAGAACUGGCAGGCCGGCCCGGAGCUCGGUGUAUGGGGGGAGAUCGUCAUCCUAUGGAGGGGCUGAUCGACCGAUGUAGAUGACAUACGAGGCACCGGGGUGAUCAGGUCGGGACAUCCGAUACAUCGGAGGAACAUGGAUUCCCUAAUUGAUGAUGAUAUUUGUAUUCUAAAUCAUGAAAUAGAAGACUUUACGAAGGGGAGAGAUCAAGACACUCCUUUUUCUGCGUCCUCCGGAGAGGCAUCUGUGGCCUCACACUUUGCACUGGUCACAGCAUAUGAAGACAUAAAGAAACGACUGAAGGAUACUGAAAGGGAGAAUUGCACUUUAAAGAAAAGGUUACGACAAAUGGGGGAUAAGCUUUGUGGCAGUUUUGAAGAACACAGCAGAGAGGAGGGCGACAAAGUGAACAGAGCUUACAUUGCCUUUCGUGAAAUUUCAAUCGAGCGAGACAAUCUACACAAGCUGCUAAGUGCAAUGGAGAAGGAAAACAUUGAAUGCACAAAGCAUCUGAAUGAACAACUUCAGUCUAGAGAAGUGGAGCUUCUGCAAGUGAAAUCUGAGCUGGAAACGCACCAAGUGAUGAAAAGCUUAAGCAAAACUCCUACUGACUGGGAGUUCGACAAACUGAACAGCGAGUUGAAAAUCCGGUCAGUGGAGCAAGAACUUAAAUUGCUUCAGGAAGAAUGCGGACGCCUCCGAGCGGAACUUCAAAGGACAAAGAAUAUGUCUGCUGACAAAAGCUUGUCUGGUAAUGAGUAUAAUCAAGCCAAUGAUAAAGACAGCGAGAUCAGCGCGCGGCAGGCGUACUGGGAGCUGAAGAAGGAAAUGUCUAAUUUACAUCUAGUGACUGAAGUACAAGCUGAGGUGCUAAGAAAGCUGAAAGGAACAGUGGCUGCAACCAAGAAAGCUUCUCGUGGCCCUGUACAGUGCGAAGAGGACCUGGAGAAGACUUGCGGUAGACUGCGUAUAACAGCUGCUGGUGUUGCAUAUGAAAAAUCACCUAAUGAACACAAUAUUUGUGAUGGUGCAUCUGCUUCUCCGCCGCGUGUAGUGAUCAAUACACUGCCGGAAAAGACUGGCCGCACACAGUGGACAAACGAGAGGCCAAGUCCAGUAGGUGGAAGAGACUGUGAGGACAGUGACUCUUAUCAGAAGUUUUCCUCUGAAGAAAAUUCUUGGGUGAUGCCAAGCCCACCAAAGCCAAGCGAAACGCUUUUUUGGGAAACAAAAAAUAAUUCUUCCCCAACCAAUACAGAACAUUAUUGCAAUCAAAAAUAUUCAUUUAAAAGCUAAAUUGUUUCACUCAUUGAACUUUAGAGCCAUUCGAAAAUAUUUUCAUACAUACAUAUCAUUUUUGCCAGUACAAACUGAUCUGCUGUCGUACUAUAACACCACAAACUGUGUUGUGUAGAUUAUUUUCUGUGCAAUUUUUUCCCAAAAUUUCUGUUGUUUAAAUAGGUUUGAUUUACUUUUUUUUUUUUUUUUAGCUUAUUUGUAGUGUUCACCUAAAUGCCUAUGUAAUACCUGUAAAGACAAAAUACACUGGAUUUAUGUGGUGUGUAUCAUU